AUCACCGCCAUAGCCACGCGGGGCCUCUCGGGCGCCUGGGGCUGUCCGCGGCGCUGCCUGCGCCGGCCCAGGGCGGGUCCGCCUGGCCAAGGACGCCGCCGCCGCCGAAGGCGAAAUGCUGGAGGCCCCACCCCUGCUGUUGGCAGCCUUCUCAUUGGGCCUGGUGCUGCUGGUGCUGCUGCUGUGCCACUCCUACUCGGGCUUUCUCCUUAUCAGCUGGAAUGAGUUCGUCCUGCAGCCCCUCUACAACCUGUUCAUGGGCAACACCAAGGAGCAGCGCAUCCUGCGUCAUGUGCUGCAGCAUGCGGUGGCCGGGGACCCACAAAGUGUGCUGGAGGCCAUCGAUACCUACUGUUUACAGAAGGAGUGGGCUAUGAAUGUGGGUGACAAGAAAGGCCAGAUCUUGGAUGCAGUGGUGCGGGAGCAGCGCCCAUCGGUGCUGCUAGAGCUGGGGGCCUACUGCGGCUACUCAGCUGUGCGCAUGGCCCGCCUGCUGGAGCCCGGGGCCCGACUGCUCACCAUUGAGCUCAACCCUGACUACGCCGCCAUCACCCAGCAGAUGCUGGACUUUGCAGGCCUGCAGGACAGGGUAACCGUUGUGGCCGGGCCAUCUCAGGACAUCAUCCCCCAGCUGAAGAAGAAAUACGAUGUGGACAUGCUAGACAUGGUCUUCCUUGACCACUGGAAGGACCGGUACCUGCCAGACACUCUUCUCUUGGAGGCUCCUUAUUGUGCAUCCCCCUGCACCCCUAUCUCACCAUCCUCAUACCCCAUCCCAUACCAGCCCUUAACGCUGCUGCUUGGCCAGCCCCAAAGUGGUGACCAGGGAGGCUGCCUCAUCCCCAGGAGUGUGGCCUGCUACGGAAGGGGACAGUGUUGCUGGCCGACAACGUCAUCUGCCCAGGAACACCAGAAUUCCUGGCAUAUGUGCGCAAUAGCAGCCGCUUUGAGUGCACACACUUCACCUCGUACCUGGAGUACUCGACAGCAGUGGAUGGCCUCGAGAAGGCUGUCUACAUGGGCCUGGAUGGCCCAGCACAGCCUUGACCACCCACCCUGCUCCAGGCUCCCUUGCCAAGCCUGGUUACGAAAAGCACAACAGAUGCACUCCCGCCAACCCUGCUUUUGCAGUUCUGGGGUCUGUCCUCAAUGUAGCACACUUGAGGCUUGUGAGGCCAAAGCCUGCCUACACUGGACCCUCUGCACGGCGACUCUGGGCUGUCACCACUGCCUAAGUGGUGUCACCUAAGUGCAGCCAGCUUACCAUGCAAAAUCACUGCAAUACAUCUGGAAAGUACGUUUGUAAAUACCAAUCAGGACAGGUGGUGCCUGUGAUGGUGUCACUCACUCCCACCAGCAUUUUCGAUCAAUUAGGUUUCUUACAUCGACAGGUCCUCAGGCACUGACAUAUUCAGCAGACACUGGAAGUGGGGGGGGGGGGGGGAAGUUGGGAACAUUUGGAAACUGUUGGGCUGUGCACUCAGUCUGUCCUUCAGGUUUGCCAUCACCAGGUGGCAGCAAUGCCUCAGUCAUGGCACUGUGCCCAACAACUCCUAUCCACUUGUGAUUCCUGCAUUCUUUCACCUUCUUGUAAAGAAUGAAACACAACUUUACUAACAUCAGCUCAGUGUUAAUAAUCCUAUAUGUCAGUAUCACAUUUAAAAGAUGCUAAAAGAGAAAUUAAAAAUCUAAAUAUUUAAAUAAAAGAGAUCAACUUAGUGCUUCUUUUUAA